AUGUAUGAAGUUGUCGACACCCAGGUGUAUCUCGGCGGUGACAUUUGGUUUACUUUCGGCGCAGAUUUUCCUCAGCACGGCUACUUGAUCGGUGAUUGCCCCCCUCACAUUGGAAUCCAACAUGGUAAAAGCCAACGCUGGAACGCUGUUUGUGUCACGUCUUAUAUUUUCAAUGUACAAAACCUCAAGCUCAGUAUCCUUGCAGCCAGAAUCAGCUACUUGCUUGCUUGGCAAUCUUCGGCAGGAUUCGCUAGCAAGCAGAUUGGGGAUUCCAGCCAGUACUCCAUGAAACAUAAUCUCACCAUAAAGGUGUUGCAAUAUCACGAGCAGGGCGCUAUGAGAUAUGAUCCUUGGCCUGAAGACGGUGGAUCACGGCCACUGAAGUAUGGGGAACUAGGCUGUGCCGCGAGCAAGUUGCAUCAAGCAAGACUGAAGCGUUUUCUUGGACCUCGUACUCUUGAUUUGGCCCUCCGGAUGGGUCGUUGGGCCGCUCUGCCGACAGGGUUGUACCAAAAUCGGAAUUGCAGCCGGAGCGGGGCCGAACAGUUCCCGGAGCCGACCUGCUGCCUUACUACAAGGUGGAUUCCCAUGUCCGGAUUCAGUGGCGCCCCGCAGCCGGUGGGCGGCAGCACCAAGCCUCAAAGUAAGGUGCCUUCCUCCAGACGUAUACCGACGUACAUCAGAAGAAUGACUGAAACCCUCAUCGUGCAACUCGAUGCAUUCAUCUUACAAUGGCGGAUGACGUCCGAUCUCGAGUCACGCGGGCGAUUUGGCCCUCAACCCCCGCCAGAUUUUUUGUGGGACAUGCCCGUCUCGUUCUCGACCACGAGAGUGCUAUCUCGGCUUGGUUGCUCAUCGCUCGGCGAUUACCAGCGGGAUGUUCGCGCCGCGGAUGGCAUUCUCGCAAUACCGACGGAAGGAUGCCGCACCCUAGAGGCUUCACCUCCAGCUUGGCUGGGAGACAAUAAACGACGCCAUGCUUCCUCCAGCCGGGCGCAGCUGGAGGCUCUGGCAGCAAAUACCUAG